UUAAACUUAUUUCAAUAAAUUUUAUAAUUAAAAGUUUAUAAUAAGAAUUUAUUAUGAGUCCUUCAUUUCAUUGAAACUAUUAGCCCAAACAUGGACGGGCCUGGACAAGUAAAUAUAUUUAUAUUCAACGUCUCAAACCCCAAACCCUUAAACCCUAGUUUUGUGAAUACCACACCCAUGGCAGCAGCAGCUCGCCCUCUCGUCUCCGUCCAAACCCUAGAGGGCGAUGCAGCCCCCACCGUCCCUCUCCCCGACGUCAUGAAGGCCUCCAUUCGUCCUGACAUCGUCAAUUUCGUUCAUUCCAACAUUUCUCGCAACAGCCGCCAACCCUACGCCGUCAGCAAGCGCGCCGGCCACCAAACCUCCGCCGAGUCCUGGGGCACCGGCCGCGCCGUCUCACGUAUUCCGCGAGUCCCCGGCGGAGGAACCCACCGUGCCGGCCAGGGAGCCUUCGGAAACAUGUGCCGCGGCGGCCGCAUGUUCGCCCCGACCAAGAUCUGGCGCCGCUGGCACCGCAAGAUCAACGUCCAGCAGAAGCGCCACGCCGUCGUCUCCGCCAUUGCCGCCUCCGCAAUCCCCUCCCUGGUCCAGGCUCGCGGCCACCGCAUCGAGUCCGUCCCUGAACUCCCCCUCGUCGUCAGCGACACCGUCGAAAGCGUCGAGAAAUCCAAAGAAGCCGUGAAAAUUCUCCAGAAAAUCGGCGCAUUCCCCGACGCGGAGAAAGCGAAACUGAGCCACGGAAUUCGUCCCGGGAAGGGAAAAAUGAGGAACCGCAGGCACAUUUCACGGAAGGGUCCUCUUAUCGUGUACGGAACAGAAGGUGCUAAGGUCGUUAAAGCCUUCAGGAACAUUCCUGGUGUUGAGGUGGCAAAUGUUGAUAGGCUCAACCUUCUGAAGCUGGCACCCGGAGGCCACCUCGGGAGGUUCAUUAUUUGGACCAAGUCCGCGUUUGAGAAAUUGGACUCUAUCUAUGGAUCCUUCCAUAAGGCUUCUGAGAAGAAAAAGGGCUACCUGCUUCCUAGGCCCAGAAUGGUUAACUCGGACUUGGCCCGCAUCAUUAACUCCGAUGAGGUCCAGUCCGUGGUCAGGCCCAUUAAGAAAGAUGUUAAGAGAGCUCCUCUCAAGAAGAACCCUCUCACCAACCUCAAUGCGAUGUUGAAGCUCAAUCCCUAUGCCAAGACCGCUAAGAGAAUGGCUCUUCUCGCUGAGAAGCAGCGCAUUGUGGCAAAGAAGGAGAAGCUUGAUAAGAAGCGCAACAUUGUCUCCAAGGAGGAGGCUUCUGCUAUCAAGUCUGCUGGAAAAUCGUGGUAUCAAACUAUGGUGUCUGACUCUGAUUAUGCAGAUUUUGACAACUUCUCUAAGUGGCUAGGUGUUUCCCAGUAAAAGUUUGAGUAUUAAGGUUUUGUUUUGUUACAUUCUUUGCAGUUUUGAUACGGUAAAUUUUAUUUUGGAGGAAAAGUUGCGAUUCUUAGGAUGGAUUUUUGCUUUGGCUCUCUUGAGUGUACAUUCUUUUCAUUGUCAGUUUGAUGAGGAAAACAUGCAUUGGUUUUGCAUAAUUUUAAAA